AUGACGGAUGCGCCAGAAGCCCCUCAUAUUGCGGUCAACGAUGUGUUCUAUGUCCUUCGGAGCACUGGACAGUAUUAUCCAGCCACCAUCAUCGAGGGUCGUGUGAAUGAACACGGAGAAACGGAAUAUUUUGUCCAUUACAAAAACCGAGACAGGAGAUUGGAUGAGUGGGUGACACAAGACCGAGUUGACAUUUCACGCAAACUUAAUCCCAGACGAGAGCCGGCGAGUCCAUCGGACGUUCGAACUGAACAGAGUGGCCGAUUCACCAGGAAUCAGAGACGGAAAAUAAUCACAGAAUUAAGGUCAACCAGCCCACAGCAAGCUCCGGUCUCACUUGAUUCCACUACUGAAAAACUGGAACUAGAACAUCAAGAGUUCACCCGAAUCAAAUUCAUCGAUCAUAUUCAGUUCGGAAAAUACGAAAUCGACACUUGGUACUUUUCCCCAUAUCCGGAAGAAUAUCGCCGCCUGAACAAGCUAUGGAUUUGCGAAUACUGUUUAAAGUAUAUGAAAUGCGCGCGCACUUGGGUGAUGCAUAUGACAGAGGUGUGUCGACAACGACAACCAAUCGGCAAGCAGAUAUAUCGGAAGGGUGAUCUGGUUGUGUUCGAAUUGGAUGGCAGUGAACAGAGGCUAUACUGUCAAAAUCUGUGCCUUCUGGCAAAGCUGUUUUUGGACCAUAAAACGCUGUAUUAUGAUGUUGCGCCCUUCAUGUUUUACGUAUUAUGUGAGACGGAUCGUGAGGGAUGCCACUUAGUGGGAUACUUUUCUAAGGAAAAGGUAUCUGUCGACAACUACAACCUUGCAUGCAUCCUAACAUUGCCACCGUUUCAAAAGCGUGGAAUCGGGCGCUUCUUGAUAACCCUAAGCUACGAACUAGCCAAGAUUGAAGGAGUGGUAGGAACACCUGAAAAGCCACUAUCCGACUUGGGUCGCCUGAGCUACCGGAGUUAUUGGGAAGACGUAAUAUUCCACUAUCUUUCCGAGCAUCCGAGCUGCUCUCUAGGGGAGCUUAGCUCGUUCACCUGUAUUGCAGUAGAUGACAUCCUUUGGACACUUCGAUGUCAACGUGGCGUACAAUUAUGGCGCUCUGGUCGUCACGCCUACAUGAAAGCAGAACACCUAAAAGAGUAUCUUCAGCAGCUCUCCGAAAGUAGCCAAAGAACGUUUGCCAAGUUGAAUAGUAGCACUCGGCGAAAACCUAAUGGAAGCUAUGUUGAAUUCGAUGUCUCCUGUUUAAAUUGGGCUCCACCGCCCAAAUCAUCUUUACCUUCUACCCCCUCUAUUCUAUUCACACUGGGAUGCUUGGCGAUUUCCACCGCCUCGUCCACCAGUCGCUGUGGUGUGAAUCUUAAACCCCGACUCAGGAUGUCCACAUUUUCUAAAUCUAUACUACGCCCAGUGUCUAGAGCAUGCCCUGCCAUUGCUGAAUCUUUGACUAACGCCUGGUAUUCUUCUGCGUUUCUCGGUGGUUUGUUAAUGGAACGCUUAUGCUCACCGAUUCUGAAGAAUUUCGACGUAAGGCAGGCCGUCCAAGAGUAUUUGAUUUAUGAGUUCGGAGCUCCUCAAUGCUUGUGCAUACGAGUCUAUGUACGCACGCGUGUCGAAGCAGAGAUAAACGCAAGCGAAUCAGUGUUCAAGGCGACCGAUUCUCCCCCAUUACUAAAUUGUCUCGUGACGCCGGUCGUAAUUCGAGCCGGGCAUCAUUGUCGUGGUUAA